UCCUCUCCUCCUCCUCCUCUCACCUUCCUCAAGUCGAGUCGCCCACGGUUUCAUUCAGUCACAGCUUCGUCCGCAUGCAGCCGACCGAGCCGCCUGCGUCGGUGCAUUCAGAAAAGACUCUGCGUGCAGCCGGAGGCUGGUGUGCUGGCCCCGAGCUCAGUCCUCCACUCCUCGACCGGAUGUCCGAGUGGCGCCGUGACAGCGGCACUUCCGACAAAAACACGUUUGUCGCGCUCACUGAUGGGAAAUGUAGUUCUGAGUCUGUUGUCACUCGGAGCGGACACCGAACUGGCGGCCGCAGAGCCGCGGCCUCUCUCAGUUCGGAGCUCGCCCACCGGCGGAGGAACGUGGACCCGGUCUCCUCUGUGGCGGUGAAGGUGGAGGCGGAGGAGGCGAGGAUCUCCGAGCGCAGAAGACCCUCGUCGGCCCCCUUACCAGCGGCCGGGUGCCAUGAACUCCUCCAAGAGGCCAGCGUGCAGCCGAAAACGGAAACAGACACUCUGCCGCUAACUUCACACAGCCGCAGGAGGAGGCAGCUCAAGGUGGAAUAUGACAUGGAUGAAGGUGUAUCGCCGGUGAAGACAGAACGCUGGGAACCUCCCGACUGGAAGAAACAAUUAAGAUUCAUUCGUGAGAUGCGGAGCGGCCGAGAUGCACCUGUAGAUAACAUGGGAGCAGAGAAAUGCUACGACACAGACGCCCCUGAACAUGUGAGACGGUUCCAGGUGUUGGUGUCACUCAUGCUGUCCAGUCAGACCAAGGACCAGGUGACGGCAGCAGCAAUGCAAAAGCUCCGGGCCCACGGCUGCACUGUGGAAAAUAUACUCAGCACUGAUGAUGAAACACUGGGAAAACUCAUCUACCCUGUCGGCUUCUGGAGGAGUAAAGUGAAGUAUGUGAAGCUGACAUCAGCCAUGCUGCAGAAAGAGUUUGGAGGGGACAUCCCAGACACCGUGGAGGGGCUGGUCCGCCUGCCGGGAGUUGGACCAAAGAUGGCUCACCUGGCUAUGGACAUCGCCUGGGACCAGGUGUCUGGAAUAGGCGUGGAUACACACGUGCAUCGUAUCUCCAAUAGGCUGGGCUGGCUCAGGAAGCUGACUAAGAACCCGGAGGAAACACGCAAGGCCCUGGAGGAGUGGUUGCCCAGGGAGUUGUGGAGUGAGAUUAACUGGCUGCUGGUGGGUUUCGGACAGCAGGUUUGUCUUCCCGUCAAGCCUCUCUGCUCGGUCUGUCUGAACCAGCACAGCUGUCCGUCUGCCCACAAGAGCUCCCCCACAAAGAGGCCUAAAGCUGGGUCCCCACGCUCUCCGAGCCCAGUGUCUUCCUUUAAAGCGAAAACCGAACCUGGACAGGAAUGUGCCGUUAAAGAUGAAAGGACAAAGGAGUCAGUGUCCGCGCAGAGAAGGAGGUUCAAAACCAAGAUAAACUAUUGACUCAUCACUUGAGUUUUUGUCCAAGCUGUGACCAGAUGUUGGACACAAAGACACACGCUCACUGAAAACAUCUAUAUAAGCUCAACAUUGUGAAUACAGUUCAUUUACAUUUCACACUAUAUUAAAUAUUUUUUGUACUCUUAUUGAUUAGGGAGUGUGGUUUUUUUUACCAAAUAAAAAAUGAAUGUACUAAAACUGGA